CUCCUCUCCUUCUCUCCUCGAUUCGGUGAGCUUUUGUAUAAAUACCAAACCACCACACCCCCCGAGAAGCGCCCAGACCCAUUUCCUUCCGUCUGCGCAAGGGACGGUUCUUGAGGUUAGAGAGAUAAGAGAAAACAAGCAAUUCGGGUGGUGGGAUAUCGCCGAGGCUGAGAUGGGGAGCACCAAUGGUCAGGUCAUUCGCUGCAAAGGAGUAAUGGCUUUAAAUCCCAACAUAGAGCUCAGCCGAACCGUUCCUCACGAGCCACAGCAAGAAACAUCCGAGGAUCGCCAAAUCGAGAUUGAGACCGAUGGGGGUGAAAACCAACGCAAAGGUAAGCCGAGGCCGCUCGAGUCCCAGUGGAUGAUCUCCAUCAAUGACAUCCUCGCCGGAGCUAAGCUAGACAACGGGGCAUGCUCAUGGGCAAAGCGCUCCAUCUAUCGGAUCCCGCACUAUCUCAAGGAUGGCCAGACGAAGGCCUGCGUCCCCCAGAUUGUCUCCCUCGGUCCGUACUAUCACGGUGACGAGCGCCUUCGUGAGAAGGACAAGGACAAGUGGCGCGGCCUCGUGUGCAUGCUCGAGCGCAAAAAUCAGAAGAUAGAGGAGUAUCUAGACGCGGUGAAGCAAGUCGAGGAGAGAGCCCGCGCUUGCUAUGAGGGGGUGAUAACCAUGAGCAGUGAGGAGUUCGUAAUGAUGAUGGUUCUCGAUGGGUGCUUUGUGAUCGAGUUGUUUUGGGGAUGGUCCAACGGGUUUGAUAAACUUGGCUACACUCAAGAUGACCCCGUUUUCUCCGAGUUGCGGAGUUUGAUGCACUUGAUCCAGCGGGACAUGAUCUUGCUCGAGAAUCAGAUUCCGCUCUUCAUACUUGAUCUGCUGUUUAACCUCCAGUGCGGCCAACCCAACCACGAUGAGCUCUUGGCCAAGUUGGCGCUUAAGUUCUUACACCCUCUAAGGCCGACAGAGUGCCCCUUUCAUUGCGUUGGGUCGAAAAGGCUGGAGUCUAACCCAUUAGCCAAUGAGGAUGAGCUCCAGGAGUGGGCAGUCCAUUGCCUUGUAUCGUUCCAGCCGAGCCUCUCGCGCUCGAGCACGAAGCGGGCAGUCCAUUGCCUCGAAUUGUUCAGGCGGAGCCUCCUGUGCCUAGGCCCGAGGUGGGCAGCGACCUUGGAGUUGUCACAAAUUGGGCAACCGGUCAUCAACUGCGUGACCGAGCUUCGGAAAAAAGGGAUCAAGUUCAAAAAGGGGGAAGUGGGGGCUUUUUGGAACAUCCAAUUCAAGGACGGGACCCUCGAGUUUCCCUGGCUUAAGAUCGAGGAAACGACAUUGUCGCUUUUCCUCAACUUGAUAGCCUUUGAGCAGUGUCACUUUGAUUGCGACAACGACGUCACCUCGUACCUUUUCUUCAUGGACAAAUUGAUUAACUCCGCCAAGGACGUGGAGCACCUCCACGAUUGCGGGAUCAUGGACCACUGGCUCGGGAGCGACGCCGAGGCUGCUAACCUUUUCAACCAGCUUUGCAAGGAGGUGGUAUUAGUUGAAGAUGUCAGUUAUCUCUCUAAACUGUCUAAGGAUGUGAACACUUACUCCGGCAACAAGUGGAAUUGCUGGAUAGCCAGUCUCAAGCUGAAGUACUUCAGUAAUCCCUGGUCUAUCAUUUCCUUAAUUGCUGCUUUCAUUUUGCUUAUGCUUACUUUAGCACAGACCUUCUAUGGAGUCUAUGGCUACUACAUGCCACGUUCUUAAUUUCUCGUAGAGUACCUUCGAUGGAGUCUAUGGCUACCACAGGCCACGUUCUUGAUUUCUUGUAGAGAGGAGAUUAUCUGAUGAGUAUUUUACGAGUAAUAAAAGUUCUAGUGAAAAUAUGGGAA